GAGCAACAUCCAUGAUGGCUUCUGCCAAGAAAAAGCAGGACGAGAAAAACUUGAAACUUCUUCGAGAUCUCGCAGCUUUACCCCACAACAAAAAAUGUUUCGAUUGUGGGCAGAGGGGACCUACAUAUGUGAAUACCACUAUAGGAUCUUUCGUUUGUACAUCAUGUAGCGGCAUUUUGUGAGUAGAGUUGGCAUGAAUUUUCGCCGACUUUUCUCGUAUUCUACAGAGUUGAAUGAUUUGGCCAUGUAACUCUGCUAAACGCUAAUUAUUUCCCUAUUUUGUUUUGCGUUUAUACAGACGUGGGCUAAACCCUCCUUAUCGAGUAAAAUCAAUUUCGAUGACAAGCUUUACUCCACAAGAAAUAGAAAAUCUACAAGGAACGGGAAACGAGGUAAAGUCUCGUCUAUGUGGUUUAUAAGACACGAGUUUAGAACUUUAGUGAAAUGAAGUGGUACGUAGUUUUCGAUCAUUAGAUCCCUUAGCGGACUUUAAUUCUUAGUUAAAGUUAUUUAGGGCGGUUUUUGCUUGUUUCUUACUCGAUGGAUGCUCAAAUUCUUCGCAAUAAAUGAGAUAUUUGGUUGUAACACCCUCGAGCUUACACAGUUUUCUAGCUCAGUUCAAUUCCACAUUCGUGCCAACGGUUUGUACAAUAUAAAACUUAGCCAGUUUUAUUAUGGCCUAUGAUAUGUAGUUAGCACAUUGGGAUCCAAGAAAAUGAGUCAAAAUAUGUGAUUAUUGAUAAAACACGAUAUCGUACAGCAUGGUCUGCCAAAAAGUUAACAACCGGUCAUAUCUUCCAGCCGUGACAAUUCGUGACUAAUUGGAAUCUGCCUUGCCGAUAUCUCUCAUGUUAGUUUCACUUUGUAUCUGUACGUUUGUACUUAUUUAGUCCGAACGAACAAUAUUGUUAAUAUUUCAACGCCUUUUUACUUUUAAACCAGAAUGGAGUAAAUUGGGUCGAAUUACAGAGCAAAAUACACUCCGCUUAGCGAUCAGUAUACAAAAAUGGCGCGAGAUCAUUAUAUAGUUCCUUGUGGUUGCAUUGUUCGCCACAAAUCGAAGACAAAGCAAAGAUAUUCCAAAUUGAAAGCGAUAGUAGUCGGCCGUUUUUUGAUUCAUUCAGUUGAUAAAUCACACGUACGUUUAAGACUUUGAUUUCUCGCGUGAUUUACUCUUGAUGCGCUGGCUUUUUGUUUCUUAAGCUUGGUAAGGCUGUUUUAAACUGCUGCAAAACAUAGAAAUCGGUUAAUUAAUGUACACAUUUGCAACUGAACAUUAAAAUUUAUAGGCAUCAAUGCGCUGAUAAUUGCAAAGGAAAGAAUCUUGUCUUUUUGUUUCUUAAAAAUGUUGAUGGUAUUUUCAGCAUAAAACAAAUACUACCCAUACAGACUGCAUUCAAAACAUCUUGAUUGUUCUAAUUUACUACCAGGGUGUAGGUGCUCUCUGUAUUGUAAUGAUAUCAAUGAAGACUUGUCAAAUAAAUACACAACCCUUCCCUUGUUUAUUUCUCAAAACAUCAUGCAGUCACUGGUUGCCAUAGACAAAACUCAGCUUUAAAUUUCAAACAAUUGAAAAGUGAAAUUUUUCAUAGGCUUACUCUUUCCAAAGAUGUCAUAUUUAAUGUAAAGAAGAAAGGAAAUACUGACAGUAUAUUUUGAAUGACAAAUUUAAAAAGGGAAUCCCAGUUCUCAAACCAUUACGGGAUUUUCAAACUGAUAUAUCUCUAUUAAUAAUAAUUACCUUAAUUUAGCAUACCUUUUAUAUUAUGUGGUUUGUGCACAACAAUACUAAUAUAAUAUUAAAAGAAAAAAGGGAAAAUUGCAUUUGAGCACAAAGCUUAAUUUAAUUGUUGUCUGGAAAAUAACUUAGAAUUUUUACAAUUUUGUUUUGGAAUAAGCAAGUUGACAAGGAAAUCCAUUUUUAAAAGGACUGGUUCCCAAGGUUUUAUUCAGGACGGGUUCCUCUAAUGAGUGAAAUUUGCUGAACAUUACUAUUUGCUUUUUCCGGUGUUCAGAUUGAAUAACAGAUAGAUAUUUUCUAAAAAGAGAAUAAAAAAAAAAUGCUCUAUUAACUUUCAGAUAAAGACAAAAUAUUCUUUUGAAUAGUAUUGUUCCCUUGCUGUGCAUUGACAAGCAUCUCUUGCUGAUGUUUAAAAUUUGCAGUCAGUGGUUAACUGUAGAGAAAAUUUCUGAAGUUAAAUGGAGCAUGCAAGAACUUUUUAUGAUCAUCAUUACAAAGACGUGUCGAUGGGUUUUGCUAAAUUAUUAUUAGUUAUUGAAUAUAUACAAAUGUGAAAAAUGUAUCACUUAUUCCAGUUCAGAAAUUUCCAAUUAUUUUCGGUACCCUUGUAGUUAUGAAUUCAGCUCUGAGGUACACAUUUCAUGCUGACUUUUACUGCUGGUGGUUGUAAAUGCAUACAUUAUUUUUUAAUUUGUUUGUUAUUAGAAUUGGGAUAACAAUCAAUUGAUGCUGUUUCCUCAUUUUGUCUCUUGGUACAAAUGGUUGUUGUAAUUAUAUUUUCUGUGUAAAUAAAAUGAUUUAGUAUACCUGCUAAUGUGUUUAAAAGUUUCAAGGAAUCCAUCCUCAUGGGAAUAGAAACAACUCUUUCACAGAAUCUAUUAGGUCUAAAUUAUGAUACAAAUACCUGUAUGUUUUGAGAAUGUGCUAUUUUUUACUCAGGAACUACAGUUGAUUAUGCCUCAACCUUUACUUGUGUAUAGCAUGAAAAGUAUUUUUUUUUCCUUUUUUGCACUUUGCAGUAUUGUAAAAAGGUAUGGUUGGGACUGUGGAACUCUUCAGCACCAGCAGAACCAGAGUCCAGAGACGAACAAAAAAUAAAAGAUUUUAUGGUCCAGAAAUAUGAGAGAAAAAGAUGGUAUAUGCCCCCUCAGCAAGCCACAGCUAACAACACAAGCCAGUCAGCACCAGAACCCAAGCCACUGAAGCAACUUUUAGGAGAAAAUACCCCUCCUGUAACAGUCCAAGUAAGUUUAAAAGUUCGUGCCCAUUUAGCAGAUCUUGUUCCUUUUAAAAACGAAAUUGAUAUUUAAAACUGUUAAAGAUGUUAUUAUCAAUGUUAUUAACCCUUAAACUGGCAAGAUCCAGUCAGUAAUUCUCGUGACUGACUGUCACAUAUUUUCUUGUAAAUCAGAAGGGGAAUUUGAGCACAUAUCCAUAAUACGACUGACUCUUGUUGCUUUUCACUCAGGCACAGGCAACAAGAGAGAGACCUCGCACGGGAAGCCAAACAGGUGCUUCACCAACACCAGUAUCUGUUGCUCCACCCCCUGGUACUGCACAGCCUGCUGCACAACCAGCUCCACAACCAGCUCCACCAAAGCCUCCAUCGGUGGAUCUACUGGGUGACUUAGGAGGAGAUCCCUUUGCAACUCCACAACCACAGGGUUAGAACACAGUUUACCUCUUUUUCUAACAGUCAAAUUCUCACAGCUGCAAACCUUAUGUUUCUUUUUGUGCUAUGGAUGAAAAUUUAGUAUUGUAUCCAGGAAGCUUUUGUCUUCGACAAUGAUCAAGGUUUAGAUACUCCUUUCAAUGUCCUGGUAAAUACAUUGCCAUUCAGUCUGGUUGGCAAGAAUGUUAACAGUCCGAUGUGAACCUAAUUUUUCCACCAAACUUUAGAAAACACAAACAAGAUCCACUUGAAAAUAAUAUGCUUUUUAGGUGUUAGAAAAAUAUUACCUCUGUCAGUGCAUUUGAUGGUAUCUCAAGGAAAAAAAAAAAGUCUGAAAGGAAAUUUUUUUACGAUAUGAUGUAACCCAUUAAGUUCCAUGAUCUGAUUGUUAAUUAUCUUCUCUGGUUGCUACACAUUUCCUUGUCAAUAAGUUACACGAAUUUGGUCUUAGAUCAAGAAAAAACUUUUACAUGAUAAGUUUGAGUCUUCUUAUUACCUGUAUGUUGGAUAAUGCAUGGAUAUUACAGGGAGAAGUUAGAUUUUAAUCAGUUGAAGGGUUAAACACAAACUCAAACCCUAUUUUCUUUCUCAUGCUAUCUUUCAGUACUGUUAUACAACUUGGUGUUGUAAUUAUCAGUCUGCUCCAAAAACUUUGCAAGUUCCAAUUACAGGUUUUACUGUGAUAUUGCUCAGUGUGAUACUGUGAUAUUGCUCAGUGUGAUACUGUGAUAUUGCUCAGUGCGAUACUGUGAUAUUGCUCAGUGACCAAUUGUUGCUAGCAGACAGUAUGCAAAGAAAAUUUUGGUUGGAGCUAACAUCAAAAUUUUUUAGCUCUAAUGAUAUUAAGUAUUUGUGUAUUCUGAAAAUAUGUUUAUGCCAGUGCUGGUAAUUAUUUUUUUUUCAGGUCAGUUUGGAUCACCACCACAGGCAGGUGGCUUUGGAUCUUUCAAUGCAUUUGGUGCACCAGCGGCCGCACCUGCACAGAAUGCGUUUGGCGCACCAGCAGCAGCACCUGCUCAGAAUUCUUUUGAUCCAUUUGGAUCAUCAACUCCCCAACCUGCUCAACAAUCUCAGCCAAGUUUUGCUGCAUUUGGGGCCCCUCCCCAGCAGCAGCAGCAGCAACCUGCUCCUCAACCACAACAGCAAACUAAUUUGUUUGAUGCAUUUGGAUCACCUCCAUCAUCAUCAGGAGGAGGGUUUAAUGCCUUUGGUGCUCCUCCAUCAUCAGGUUUGAGAACAUGGCUUAACUUCACUUCCAGAAUAACACAAGGAUUUUUCCAAGCAACUUCCCUCAGGCAUUAAGCUUAAAAUGGUUCAGCACAGAAAAUUUGAUAUAAGCGAUGCAUCUUUUAGGUCACAUCAAGAUUUUUUAGUGGAUUUGAAGCAAUUUUUUGCCAGAUAUCAUACUAUAUAUAUGAUCCUGUUUUCCAGUUACCUACAACUUAUAUCUGUCCUUUUUCUGUUAACUUUCUGGGAAAUCGAGGGAGAUUCCUUGCUAAGAUUCAAAUUGGUGUGCUAUCCUAUUCCUCAGGAAUACUGAAAACUAGAGGCUUUAGUCAGGUAAUUUCCAUUAGUUUUAGAGGUUGAAAUGUUUGAUUAAGAGCAAGGAGAAAAAAAAAUUUUUUUUGAGGAAUGAGGUUUUAAUUUUCUUCUUGGGUUUAAAUCUACAAUUCAGCACCAUCACAACCACAACCUACAUCAAAUGCUGGAUUUGGUCCACUUGUGUCAGCGUCUGGAAGCACAGCUACCCAAAACACAGCAGGAGACAAGUAUGCAGCACUGAGUGAGUUGGAUAACUUGUUUGGUCCAUCAAGUGGUGGUAGUAACACAGGCCUUAGUACUGGAACUGGGUUUGGAUCAGGUGGCUCAUCUUCAUUUGGAAUGUCUAGUGGACCAAAUCCUUUCUCAAAUACAUCAACUGGAAGUGUAUCCGGAGGUUUUCAGCAGCCCAAACAGCCACAGCAGCAGCAACAGCAGCCAUCCAAUCCAUUUCAAGGUUUGGGAGGAGGCCCUGCAGGGUUUGGUCAGCUAAAUGGUCCCAUGAAUAGCAUGAAUCAAGCAAGCAGCAUGAGUGCAACCACAGGUACAGGAUCAGUAUUUGGCAGUCAGCCAAGUUCAGGAUUUGGUAAUCAGCAGUCCUUUAGUGGCAAUCAGCAGUCCUUUAGUGGCAAUCAGCAGUCCUUUAGUGGCAAUCAGCCUGUUAAUUCAGGAUUUGGUAAUCAGCAGUCCUUCAGUGGCAGUCAGCCUGUUAAUUCAGGAUUUGGAAGUCAACAAUCCUUUGGUGGAAGUCAGCCUGUAAGUUCAGGAUUUGGUAAUCAGCAGUCUUUUAGCAACACUCAAUCCUUUACUGGUGGCUUCGGCAACUUAACAACAGCACCUCAGCAAUCAUCAUUUGGUGGAAACCAGCAGUCUGGUUGGGGUAGCAUGGGAGGCCAGCAACAAAUGGGUGGCCAAAAUAUGGGUAUGCCUCCAACAUCUACCCAACAGAAUCUCAGCUUUGGUGGUGCAGGAAUGACAGCACUGGCUUCAGCACAGUUUGGAAAAAUGGGGGGUGGCUUACCGCAACAACCUCCAGUGAGAGGUCAAAUGAACUUUGGUGGAAAUCAACCUGGGUUUGGUGGUAGUCAGGGAUUUAGUGCUGGACAGCCAACAUCCAUGUUUGGAGGUUCAGCAGGUGGAUUCGGAGCAAGUUCCAUGUCUAGUGGCAACAGCUUUGGAGCUCAGCAGCAACCCUCAGGAUUUGGAGCUCCUGGAGGCUUUGGUGCGCAGCCAAGUGGCGGAUUUGGAAAUCAGGGAGGAGCAGCAUUUGGUGGUAACAUGUCUGGAAUGGGAAGCAGUCAGUUUGGACAACAGCAGCAAAUGCAGCAGUUUGGAGGGGGAUGGCAACAAAGUCCGCAGGCAAAUCCAUUUAUGGUAAGUGCUUGAAAUAUUUUUGGAAUAUAGAUUUGGGAGACAUGGUGGCCAAAACCGGGGUGCUGUACCUUCCCCCAUCAAGCAUGUUGAAAGUGCCCCAUAUAUCCAUUUCCCAUUACCAUCUAGGUCUUUGCCUUUAUUUCAAAUUCCCAUCUACCUGAAGUGUAUCCUUACAUUGAGAAUGAUCAGUCUCAACCUCCCACUCCUCUUUCUUUUACAGAAUAACAUCUAGCUAUAGUUUAAUUUGAUUCAAGUUUAUGCUUUAGUGAAGACCAUUAGACCCAGUAUUUCCUUCAUAUGGGAGUAUUUUCACAGAGAAGCCAAAGAGUCUGGGCCGUAAAUAUGUUAUAUUUGUUCCAUGCCCUUGACAAGACUAAUUAUAAAACAUUUCUUUAAGUUAAUGACAUUAUUUGAAUUUUAGAAUGCUGGAGCACAACAAGGCAUGCAAAGACAAGGACAGUCUACAAAUCCAUUUAUGUAGAAAGCUGGUUGAUUUAGGUCACAAUGUUAUUGGAAUUAAUUCCCAAAUGAUCUUAGCCACAAAGGAUGGAUCAAAUGGCUUAGUGGAAUUUGUUUUUAAGAGAAAAGAAAGAUUACAGGCAACUUCUGGUUGUUUAAGUCAUUUCUGUCAUAGAUUGCAUUGUUAACUCUUUGCUGUUAAAUAUGAAACAUAUUUUAUUAUGGAACAUAUUGUGUGAUCUCUAGAUAGAGAGAACAGAAUAGACUUUUGGAGAGAUUUAACGAACCCUCCUGACAAAUUGAAAAUGAAACAAAACUGAUUCCCCUCAGAAGCCAUUUAUGUGGGCUUAACUUUGCAAAAUGCAAGCAAUGCAACUAUGAUAUACAAAAUGAAUUCCCCAGAGGAAGCUCCCUCUCCCAACUCCCCUGAAGUCUUUGUCCAUAACCACCCACCCUCUCCCCACCCCUCCCCCCAUUAUUCCCAUCCUCAUUACAUAAUCAGUUCCCAUCAUCCCAUGCAGAAAAAAAGCUUGUAACUGUAGACAUGUAGUAAGAAAAAAUAAUGAGAAAAUAGUUAGGUAGUAAAAAAUGCAGUAAGCGCUACAGUAGGACCUUGCAAAUCUUGGAAAAUUAUGUGAAACUUGUCUCUAACAGAAUAAUUUGAAUGUAAUAAAUUUUACUGAAAAAUAGUCAUUCUACACAGGUUCAGUCAAUAUUGCCACCUAAUCCUUUCAAUUUCAUCUUAAGGGAUGAUUUGUCUGACAAUAUUCACUUUUCCCUUCAGAAUGACAGUAGUUUGAAGCAAUAUACUGAAAGCAUGUCACAACUGGGCAUUAGGAAGGAAAAUAUGAAGGUGUAAUCUUUUAAAAGGAUGUAGUUAUAUAAUAUUAACCCUUUAACUCCCAGAAGUGAUAAACCUUUCUUCCUGAUGUCUUACAUUAUCCAGCAAAUGGGUGAUAAGAAUACUCAAACUUAUCAGAGUUGUUAUCUUCGUUUUAUGCCAAAUUCUCUUAACUAAUUUACAAGGAAAUGUAUAACAGCCAGAGAGGAGAAUUAGAAAUCUGAUCUUGGGAGUUAAAGGGUUAUUUGUUGUUAAUGCUAAGUAAUAAUGCAUUUG